GGGUGGAGCAAUUUUUCUUGACAUUUACUCGGCCAUUUCACAUGCUUUCUCUGAUUGGACAAUGCCCUGGUUAACCAUUCAGAGCAAAACGGUACAUGAGUUGUGGGUCAGACAGUUGUUUCCUGGCUGGUUUGUUGUAAGGCCAGGAAGAAAGGAGUAGUAUCCAUGGCACAACAUAGCCUGAUAGGCUAUUGCCUCAAGGCCAAGACAUCCAGCUGGACAACAAUUUUGAGAUGUCUUGACACUGAAGACAUUUUGGGGAAGUUUUGGUGGGCUACUUGGAAACAAGUCAAUCUUGACGAGAAGAACUUCAUCCUCUCGCAUCUUCUAGAGAAGUUCAAGCAAUAUAAACACAUUAAGGAGAAAUAUGGUGAUGAGGAAUCUGACUCUGGACAUGAGGUAUUUGACUAUGAGGUGCUCUUAGGUAUAUUGAAGGAGAGGGGGAAUCAUGUAUUUCACAGCAAUAAAACUGAGUUCAAAUGGAGCAUUGAUGACGUAGAAUUCAGCCACAGCAUCCUUCUGUGGCAUAUUGCUACGUUUCUUCUUUUCUACAAUGAUCAUAAAAAAUAUUCAGGUGGUGUUCUGGGUCCAUAUUGCCAAAUUAGCAAGCUCUUGUCAGAUUAUAUGAUGUAUCUCCUCCUGGUGCGGCCCCUCAUGCUACCUAAGGGGAUUGGUGAAGUGAGGAUCACAGAUACUCGAGAGGAGGUGAUAAGAUUACUUGGCAAGGGGAAGUCACUGACAAACAAUGAUGCUACCAGUGCUUUGCUUCACAUCAACUACGAACUUGGAUUUCUGUCAACUCACAACAAGUUGGUCCUGCGGGAUGGUUGUAAGCUGGCAUUGAAAUUGCAGGGACUGGUUGAGGAAUUGCGGUAGGAUCACAAAGCCAAAUGGGAGAUGACUGCACACGUGUGGAUGGAAAUGCUGGCAUUUGCUGCAAAAAAAUGCGGAUGGAGAGAGCAUGCAACGCAGCUUAAGCAUGGCGGGGAGCUGCUUACCCAUGUAGCACUUCUUAUGGCACAUCUAGGCUUGACUGAACACAUCCAAAUUGUGCAACCUAGUUCCGAGUUGCCUUCACUUGGUCACAAUUUGGGGUUGGAUUCUCAGCUUUCUCAACAACCAAGUUCUGAGUUGCCUUCACUUGGUCGCGAUUUGCGGUGGGAUUGGGAUGAACUUUCUCACUUGGCUUAUUACCUGGCAUAAAAGAAUUGCUAUAAUUUUUAGUCAUUCUGUUUCUCAAACCCUUCCCUCUGCUUCCUAGUUCUUACUGUUCUUUUAUCUGUAUGCCUUCUAGGAAUUGUGUUUGCCUUUCUCACUUGGCUUGUUACCUUGCAUAAAAGAAUUGCUAUAAUUUUUAGUCAUUCUGUUACUCAAACCUCUUCCUAUGUUUCCUAGUUAUUACUCUUCUUUUAUCUUUAUGGCUUCAAGGAAUUGUGUUUGCCUUGCUUUGUAUUCAUCACUUACAGGUUUGAUGCAGAUAUAAUCUAAAGAAAUGAAUAAAUAAUUUGAAUGUUC